GUCUCAUCGUAGCGGACAGAUACGACGAUUAGUGUUGUUAAACGUCUAAACAGUCGGAUUUUUCAAAUACAAACUGUGGAUACCAAAUGUGUAAUGAUCUACACACGCCAACAUGGACAGUGAUCUGAGCCCACAAGACAAGAAGGACCUCGACAAAUUCAUCAAAUUCUUCGCCUUGAAGACCGUGCAGGUCAUCGUACAAGCUCGCCUGGGAGAGAAAAUAUGUACGCGCUCAUCAUCUUCACCCACCGGCUCUGACUGGUUCAAUCUAGCAAUUAAGGACAUCCCCGAAGUUACACAUGAAGCCAAAAAAGCGUUGGCUGGACAGUUGCCCAGUAUUGGGCGGUCCAUGUGUGUGGAAAUCUCACUCAAGACUUCAGAGGGGGAUUCCAUGGAACUAGAAACAUGGUGUCUGGAAAUGAAUGAAAAGUGUGACAGAGACAUUAAAGUCUCCUACACUGUCUACAAUCGCCUGUCACUGCUCCUGAAGUCAUUGCUGGCCAUCACAAGAGUGACACCAGCAUAUAAACUGUCUCGGAAGCAAGGCCAUGAUUAUGUCAUUCUGUACAGGAUAUACUUUGGAGAGGUGCAGUUGGCAGGACUUGGAGAAGGCUUCCAGACAAACCGUGUGGGCGUUGUGGGCACCCCCAUUGGCACCAUCACCCUGUCCUGUGCCUACCGCACCAACCUGGCCUUUAUGUCCACAAGGUGCAGAGACUCGCAGUUUGAGAGGACGGCUCCCAUCAUGGGUAUCAUCAUAGACCACUUUGUGGAGCGCCCCUUUGGGGCCAUGGGCCACAUGCACCCCUGCAACUACAGGGCUCCUGGUGAGGAGGAGGGUGGUGUCUAUGGCGGGGUGGAGGACUCCCAGGAGGUCUGCACCACCUCCUUCUCCACAUCGCCUCCCUCACAGUGUUUGCUCACUGUAAGUAAGGCCCAUUUAAAGACGCCUAAGCCCGUACUGAUCGACACUCUGAAGGUACCGGUGAUGGGUUUGGCCUACUCGCAUCAACUCUACAGCUCCCGUCUGUCCUAUCAGACUCCUCCUCUGGGGGCCAAUGACAUGUGUCACCCUGCCACCUGCGGCGCUGCCCAUCCGCACCAGAUGACAGUAGGUGGGAAGGAGGGUGGUGUCCCUAUACCUGCUCAGCCAUAUCAUGGAGCGCAGGCAGAGCAUGGCAGAAUGGCCUCGUGCCCCCCUCACGACCCGGCACACCACAUCCCCGCCACCCCGUCAAGCAGUGGGGAGGAUGCAGAGACGUGCUCGAGGAGUGGCGACCUGAAGAGUGCCUCUCCAUCAGACCCCCUGGAGACCACCUUCACUCGCAAAGUUGGAGCUUUUGUCAAUAAGCCCACUACACAGGUCACAACUGCAAGUCUGGACUUGCCAUUUGCAGCUUUUGCACCCCGUGCCAGUGACCUGGAGGAGAAUGACCCCAUGGUACAUCCACCGGUGUCCCCGACCACGUCGUCUCCACUGCAGGGUAGUCUGCACUCCCAGGGCUCCAGUGAGCCGGGCGAGCAGGCCCAGGAGGACUUCGUCAUGGUGGACUUUAAGCCAGCCUUCUCCAAGGAUGACCUUCUGCCCAUGGACUUGGGGACAUUUUACAGGGAGUUCCAGAACCCACCCCAGCUGGCCAGUCUCUCCAUAGACGUCAGUGCACAAUCCAUGGCUGAAGAUCUGGACUCACUUCCAGAGAAGUUGGCCAUCUACGAGAAGAAUAUUGAUGAAUUUGAUGCAUUCGUGGAAACUCUACAGUAGGAUGACCAUAGUUCUCGACCGCUCCUUUCCCAAAUCUGCCACAAAAAAAAACAACCUUCAUUUCUGAACCGUGUGGUAGGGUGAACUUGAGAGAAUUUCUUUGUCAGGUAAUCCAAGUUCUGCAACUGAGCAUCUUACUAUUUACUAUACACCUGUAGAUAAUUCUGGAAAAAUAAUGGAAACGGUGAGGACUCAAGGACUUUGAAAAUGAAAGUGUAAUGCUCUGAUUCCUCUUGUGGGCAACUGGUGUCCAAGAUUGUAACUGGUACCAUUUAUGUCACUUAUCUGGCAAUCUUAAACAAUAUUUGGACAGAUGUAUUCACCCUCUCAGAUAUCUUGUGAAAUAUAUAUGGGAAAUAUUCAUUCAAUGCACUAAACAUCAUUGCAAAGCCAGCCAUAGACUAGGCUAUUUAUUGUACUCACUCACACACACACACACACACACACACACACACACACACACACACACACACACACACACACACACACACACACACACACACACACACACACACACACACACACACACACACACACACACAAUAUGGUAUGACUAUCUGUCCACAACUUCACUUCAUGCCUAAACAAAAAAAGACACUAGUGUACACUGCAAGGAGCUUUCUGUGAUUGUCUAACUUGCUUUUGUAAUCAAAGACAAAGAUACUGAAGGUGUUUUUACGUUUUGUGUGUUUUUGUAUUCAAUCAGAAUAAUUUAAGAAGGAAGGGAAAUCACAAAUGUCUGUCGUAUUCACUUCUACAACUGAUGUAAAUCUUCCUCAGCCAUCUGAUGCUAUUUAGAAAGCAUCUCUGUCUUCAUGUCUUCAGGCAUUAUCCUAAUUUUGCUUUCUGAAACGUGUUUAUCUACGUCCCUCUGCUCUCACUUGCCUUGUUAAUAUAGCAUGUACAUGUUGUGUAAUAAAUUGUUUUAUUUCA